AUGGAAACUGGCACUUGUUCCUACCCAGCAACAGGCAUCUUCGAUGAGAUUCCAUGGAUGUCUAUGCCACCAGCUUACUACACUUACCCCGUACCAGGCGGUGGGCAAUCCGGAUAUCCUAUGCCAAUGACAAUGGCACAUCCAAUGGCGUAUCCUGGCAUGGCAAGCUGGUACAACUACGGAGCACAGGGUGAGUAAAC